GACUCUUGAGUCGGAGGACGCAAGCACGGCGCGAUGUAACCCCUCACUAAACGAUCCCACAACCAUCUACUGCACGGCCCGGGCUUGCACACUCGCGGGCUAGCAAGCUUCAUUGGCGAUGACUACGUCGAUGUCUACUCAUACGACGCCUUCUGGCUACCUCCUUCCCUCAAUACAUUCAAUGCCGCCUUUCUUCACACAGCAACCGAACCCCGCCACACAAGCGACCGUGACCGAGAACUGGACGCGACUGAUCCUCUCGUACGCACGACAUCGGAGGCUAUUCUAUCUGCGUGUGGAGGACGCGGAGACGAAGGGCAGCGAGUGGGAUGAGGUUUUGAGGAAUGAGAGGAUAAACCGUCGGCUCAUGCCAUCGCAUAUGUCCUUCAUAAUGGCGGACAUGGUGUCGAAGAACCUAGCAGUCUACGAGCCUCCCAGGCAAACACGGACUGUGCUUUUGCACUGGAGGCUGCCGGAAGAAUGGGCGGAAGUCCUACAUGAAUGGGCAUCUUCAACAGCUCAACUCAAUACCAUCCUCACCUUCUAUGAGAUCAUCGAGCCGCCUGUGCCAUCGCCACUGUCCGGGAUCCCGGCAACGCUACUACGCCGCGCAGUCGCCAUCCUGACGAAGACCAACCGCGCCCAGGUCAUCGCAGUUGCGGACGGCGAGGGUGUCCGGUUCUUGCCCGGUAACCCGGCGAGGUGAAAUGAUGCUGCUGCAUUGCCCCAACCACGAUUAGAUCCGUUGGUGUAUCUGUACACUACUGUACAUCUAGCUGUUUUCUAGACCACUAACGACCCCGAGAU